AGUAACUAGCAAAAUAACACAAUGAACGCUGGAAAAUCGCAGAUGCGUGAUCCCGCCAUGGCCUCUGUCGGGACGAUCAGAAUGAAGGAAGGAGCUGCAGAGCCAAAGGACAAGGCCAAUGUAACGCUCAAGGAUAAGGUAGUGGGUACCGCACAGAAGUACCUAUCUUCGGACCCAGAUACGCAAGCACGCGGCGCAGAGCGAGCGGCGACGGGGACAGUAAGAACCGAGGAGGAACUGAAUCCGAAUCAAAAAGCGAAUCUUUUGUAAAAGUGUGAACAGUGUACAAUUUAGCAACAAAGGAUAUUUCCGAACA